AUGGAGAACACCAACAUGAACGAUACUACCCCGAGCAACACCAUGAUGGAGUCCCCAAACCAAACCCCAAGCGACAUGACUCCCAACGCAUCUUCUCCACCAGGCAAGAUCGAAGAAGCAAGCUUCCCUCGCGGUUCCUACACCCCCUCCGACAUCGAACGCCUCGGCCGCGAACGCCCUUCAGCGUUCCGUUCCCUGCCCCACGAGCUAGGUUUCUGCUUCGCCCUGCUCGGCUCCAUGUUUGUGGCGGAAUACAUGAUCUCAGGCUUCAACAUCCUCCUCCCAGACCUCACCGAGGCUCUUCACAUCCCGUCCAACGCACAGACAUGGCCAGCCUCUGUGUUCUCAUUGGUAACAGGCGCGUUCCUACUACCGUUCGGUCGCCUGGCUGAUAUGUUUGGGGGCUACAUCGUGUUUUGUAGUGGGCUGGCUUGGUUCCUCGUUUGGAGCAUUAUAGCGGGGUUCAGCCAGAACUAUGUCAUGUUAAUCGUCUGUCGGGCGUUGCAAGGCUUUGGGCCUGCGGCGUUCUUGCCGAGUGGAAUUAUGUUGUUGGGUUCCAUCUACCGGCCCGGACCCAGAAAGAAUCUCGUCUUCAGCUUGUACGGUGCUUUUGCUCCCGUGGGCUUUUUCACCGGCAUAUUCUUUGCGGGUGUUGCGGCGCAGUUCGCAACAUGGGGUUGGUUCUUCUGGAUUGGAUCCAUCAUCCUCGCUAUCGUAGCUGUUGCGUCGUAUCUAUGUAUACCGAAUCCGAGAGAGGAGAAGGAGAAGGCGAAACAAGAGGGCAAGGGGGUAAAGAUGGAUUGGUGGGGAACAGCGACUGUGGUGCCGGGAUUGGUGCUGGUUGUAUUUGCGCUUACGGAUGGAAGUCAUGCUCCUCAAGGCUGGGCGACACCGUACAUUCCUGUCACCUUCGUUGUCGGCUGGAUCUUCCUGGGCGUAUUCGUUUACAUUGAAGGUUGGGUCGCUGAACAACCUCUCUUACCCCCUGACUUGUUCCGCGUCAAGGGAAUGAAGCCGCUCGCGCUCGCGCUAUUCUUCCAGUACGGCACCUUUGGUAUCUUCAUCUUCUACGCCAGCUUUUACAUCGAACAAGUUGUAGGCGCCAGUCCACUGCUCACUGCCGCUUGGUUUACGCCCAUGUGCGUUGGUGGACUCAUCCUGGCCACUAUCGGCGGAUUGGUUCUGCAUCUCUUACCGGGUCGCAUCCUGCUCCUGAUCAGUGGUGUAGCAUACAUCCUCUCGACGCUUCUUUUUGCCAUCUUACCUGUACACUUCAACUACUGGGCCUAUAUCUUUCCGGCUAUGAUUUGCGCUACGCUCGGUAUUGACAUCACCUACAACGUCAGCAACAUCUUUAUCACGACUUCAUUACCGAAAGCGCGUCAGGGACUAGCGGGCUCAUUUAUGAACUCGCUGUUGUUCCUGGGUAUCGCUGUAUUCCUCUCCUUUGCCGAUCUAGCAGUGAGUGAAACGGAAGAGAGAGGCCAAAGAGGAAGCUACAAAGUUGCUUUCUGGCUCGCUACUGCGCUUGCUGGAGCGGGUGUAAUUAUCAUGUUCUUGGGUGUCAAGAUUGGCAAGGCGAAGAGCGAUUUAACAAUCGAGGAAAGGGAAGAAUUGGAGAAUGAGUUGGUGAGAAGGAACACGAAUGAGUGA